AUGGCCACUUCGCUCCGUUCAGCCCGCGUGCUCUUGCAGUCCAAAGACGCCGUGCGAUGGCGCUCAAAAGACGCAACAACCUUCGACAGAAAUACCGACGCAAUAGAAGACUUUUACUACUGGAACGGAGCCCAGAAUUCCCGGAACGGCCGGCGGCAUCUCGAUCUCACCGUCACCGCGCGCCUGCGAGUCGAUCCCCAGGCCGAUAUCCAACCCGACCAUGCCCGCGCUGCAUGGGUUAAUCUGCAGCAGAGACACCCCGCCCUCGCAUCCUCCGUGCACGGCUCAAAACGAAUAUACCAGAAAAUGGACGAGGAGCAGCUGACGAAGUGGCUGAACAAGACCUUUGUGGUGCUGCCGGACGAGGAGGAAAUAACGCCAGAGGUGCUCGACAGUCUGCCCGCGACAGAUAUGCCGGCGAUGCACUUUUUACCAGACUCGAUGACAUUCGCCCUGCGGACGCCUCAUCACCUCAUGGAUGCGCUGGGGACGAUUAUCCUGUUCAAUGACUUCCUCACCGAGCUGAGCAGGACGCUGCUCGGCGAGAUCGAUACGCAAGACGAGCCAGUGGAUCUGGCAUACAGCCUUAAAGAAGCGGCAUCGUUACCCUCCGCAUCAAUAGCACAGCGCGCUCGGCUGUGGAAUAUCCGCCGUCGGUGGCUGCGCAGUUACCCUACAGUGGGCGUGGUGCCGGACCAGGAGGGUCCUCAAUCAGGGCUCUCGUCAUGGCGCGACCUCGAGUAUACCCCCGCCGAGACGAAGGAGAUCAUCGCAAAGGCGAAGAAGCACAAAAUGUCAGUGACGCAUGUCAUCCAUGCGGGAGUCGCCUUUGCAGCGAAGGAGUAUGGCCCGUUCCAGCUCACCCGGAACUACAAUUCGGUCAUUCUGGUGGACAUGCGCCGGCGCUUCACGGACGAGCCGUCACGGCAGAGAGACGCCCUCUCCCCGCAGCACGCGAUGUGGCCGGUUUCGGUCCAGGUGACGAGUUUUUGGAAGACGGCGGAGAUUUUGAAGAACGAGUACCAGGAGGUUGUCAAGGACGCGGACCUGCCGGCACUCGUUGAGCCUGUCUUUGCGGAAACGCUCCCCGGUGCGUCCUCGUCGUGCGAGACAUUCCACAGCGCCCCGAUAUUCGGCAACUGUGGCAGGAUUGAUGAGCGGCUGGAGUCUUCGUAUGACGGCUUUGCGGUGGACGACUUUUCGCUGUCGGUCGAGUGCUCGGGCGAGGAAAUCGUCAUGGCUGUGUGGACGUACCAGGACAAGCUGCGGAUCAGGGCGAUGUUCAACGAGGGAUAUCACAGCGCGAAGAGCAUCGAGCAGUACAUGUGGUUGACGGAGGUGGCCCUCAAGAAUGGGCUGGGGGUGGGCAAGGUGCACAGCUGGUGGCCAUAA